AUGCUGCUCUCUGCCGACGACAAGGUCGGCCUGCGGGCAUGGAUCAUGAAGAAGCUGCCUGAGGUGUCCGACUCUGAGACGGAAAUUUUUGCCGAUUAUCUUCUUGCGCUGCUUGCAUCCGGCUACGAAGACGACGAAGAAGAGCUUCGAGCGUUGUGUGAGCAAGAGCUCCCCCAAUUCCUCAACGAUGGCGCCACACCUCGCUUCAUCAACGACCUCUUCCGGGUGAUUGAGACGAAGGACUGGACGGGCUCACGUCCUGCUCCGAAAGGACCUGCCCAUUCAGCGUUGCCGACCAGCUCUCAGCCCCCGACUGGCCCCAGCCUCCCCCAGAAUGGGUCACACGCCCAUGCGAGCGCACGAGAGUCAAACAGGAAACGUUCUUUUAACGAUGUUGAAGAACCCGACUUUCCGGUCGCGCCACCUCGCGGCCCCAGCAAUGGGCGACACAUCAAGCAGCCUCGACGGAGCGGAGGUCUGCCGCCCAGGCCGUCGUGGCCUCUACCUAUCGUUUAUCCCGAUCAGAACGGCGCGGCGCCGGCGUACGGUACUGCUCCUCAGAUGCCUGCGCAGUUCCCGCAGCCUGUCAGGUCUGGCUACAUUCCUUCUGGACCGAUAAGCUAUCCUCUAGGUCACUAUGAACCUUCACCGAACGAUCUCGCCGCCGCCAUGCUCGCCCAGAACAUGCAGCAAAUGCAGCAGCUGUGGGAUAUAGUGACCGCAAGCAAGGACAAAAUCAGUCACGGAAGGGGUCGCGUCGCGAAGCGCGGCGGAGGCCGCAAGGCCUCUGACCGAGCACCCUUCUCCGCCGGAGGAAACGUGACUGACAAGACGAAGAGCACCAUUGUUGUGGAGAGCAUCCCCGACCAGCACCUCAACGAGGAUGCUGUGCGGGACGCUUUCUCCGAGUUUGGCACCAUUGUCGACGUCACGCUACAGCUCUACCAUCGGCUCGCCAUUGUCAAGUAUGACACUUGGCACGCGGCGAACACUGCCUACCGAUCGACCAAGGCCUUCUUUGACAAUCGCUUUGUCAAGGUCUUUUGGUACGACGAGGAUGCGGCCGAGCAGGGCAACGGCGCGUCGAAGGCUUCUGGCAUUGACAACGCUCCCGAGGAACCGGAAUUCGACCUCGAUGCCUUCAUCAAGAAGCAGGACGAGGCCCAGAAGGUAGGGACCUUUUUGAGCCGCCAGCGUGAAGUCCGCCGGAAACUGCAGGAGAAGCUUCGGCCAGGCGUGCUCAGGGCCCAGCUCGCCGCCCUCGAAGAGGAGGCCAAAUAUCUCGGUCUUGACCCGGACGCGGACGACGUCGGCACCUAUGGCGGAUUCCGCGGCGGGUACGCGGUCGCGGCCGUGGCCGUGGCCGUGGUGUCCAUCGCGGUCGUGGCGGCCACGGCGUCGAUAGGGCUGCCGUGUAUGCGGCAUUUGAGCAGUACACACUCGACAACCGUACCCGUGACGAGGCGCUACGACAGCACCUUUUCGUACGGGAUUGGUGAAUUUAAUGAUAUUCAGAUCACGCCUAUGACGGCGCAAAUCACAUUCAAGUCGCGCAAGACGGCCGAGCGGUUCCUCCACGCCGCCAAACUGGCUCCCAUUCCCAACGUGGGCUCCGUCGAGGUUGCCUGGGUCGAGAACGGGCCGGCCGCGGCCGUCGUUUCUACCGCUUCAUCGGCCCCGGCUCGUGGCCCGAUCGAGAAGAACGAGCCCGAAAUUGCCGUCGAGAGACGCGCGUCGGCCGAGGCGCAGUCGGACGUGAAGCACGAGCCCAAGACGGAAGUGGACAUGGAUUACGAGCUAUACGAAGACGGCGAGUGGGUGGACUGA